AUGAAGGAGGAAAUUGCCGCCACCGUGUUCUUCGUGGGCCGCCUGGUCAAGCGCUACGGAUGCCUGGACGAGGACGGCCGCGAGCGCUUUGCCGCCGCGCUCACGUCGGCCUUGUUUGAGAGCUACAAGAACCACUGGCACCCGGACGUGCCCGCCAAGGGCCAGGCCUACAGGUGCCUGCGGAUGAACUGGUUACAACGACAGGAUCCAGUGCUUCAGAAGGUGUGCGCGAGAAGCGGCGUGCGCUACGAGGACCUGGGCCUACCUCGGGAGCUCACCGUGUGGGUCGACCCCGGCGAGGUGUCGUGCAGGUACGGCGAACACAGCGCCCCCUUCUCCAUCUCGGUUGUGGACGGCAGUCGACACGCCCGUGGCCAGUUUUCCCGGCGAGUCCACGACGCGGUGGAACGCGCCAGCCUGGAAGUGCCCUCGGAGAGUUCUUCGGAUGAGGACGGUAAUGGUGGCGGCGGGGAGGAGGAGGAGGAGGAGGAGGAGGAAGAAGAAGAGCGCCGCCGCAGCCCCUCUGCUCUCUUUGCCGAAGCCAAAAGCAUCCCGACUGUUAACAACCCCAAUAGCGUCUACCGGGUAAGUCAGCACAGUUCAGCGAGUUUGCUCCCGGCGCCCCCCGGACGUGGCUCACCUACCCUAGGAGGAAGCCGUUGGGCGGGGACGCCUUCCCGCCUCUCGUCCCACUUCCUCCUCUCUCACCGCAGCAGCUGGCGGGCUCCAAAGGUUUCUAUUCCGACCGGACCUUGUUCACCUUCACCGGGCCCCGCGUGGAUAAGUACCACUGGGUCAGCAAGUCCCGCUCCUAAAACUUUCCGUAUCUCUGGAGAAGAAAAGAAAUUCCCCAAAAAAGUCAAAGGACUGUUUGUGUAUCUUUAAAGCAGAAUUUUCCAUUUGUCCAAAUGAGGGUUUUUUUCGGUGUUUUUUUUUUUUUAACCGUCUUGACACAAGUGCUUUUUAACUAAUUCUAACUGUAAAUGUAUUUUUAAUCUCCAGUAACUAAAUAAAGUAACACAAUUGUGCAAAAUAAAAGGUGCUCAUUUCAAAA